AUAUCUCUCUCUCCAUCUCGGGAAAAGAAAAGACCCAAAAUACUGUCACCUCUCUCUCCUCCUUUCUCUCUCUCUUCGAAAUAGUGAAAUAAGGGUUUCGCAGCUUUUACACGCCACGUUACACGAAAGUUCGUCUUACUACUACUGUAAUUACUCCAGAGUCGAGCCAGAAUGAAAACAUAUUCUCAACCUCUCCUUCUUGACCAUUUUACCCCACCAUAAUUCUUUAAUUCUCUCUCUCUGUCUCUCUCUAUAUAUAUAUAUAGACACAGUCACAUAUCACACAUUUAUAACAGUAACUAUUACAGCUUUAGCUCUGUACGUACAAUGGAGUCCCUUUGCUUUCCUUCAUCCUUAAGGUGUCUCCUCUCCUAGCUUGUAGUCAUUUGCUAAUAGACUGUUGCUUUACAGUAUCACAACAGGUCUAAAGUUCAGGUUUCAGGGUCACUUUUCUUCCUUUUUUCCCCCCUUAAAGUUGUAGGGUUUAGCUUGGCUUUUGAUCAGACAAUGACCAUGUCUUGGUCCGAUUCUCUUACUGAGUCUACCACGAGACCAACUCGCCCCACUCGCCCAUCCUACGUUCCUCCUCACCAAAGAAACCACAAUGGCUUCACUCUCACGCCGUCUGAGUUUACGGCCGAGUCAUUUUCUUCACCUGGGUCUCGAUUCAUGAACCGCUCCGGUUAUUACGAGCUUGGUCGAACAGGCCCGAGCAGGGUUCGAGCCCCCCGUGGUCGUGGCGUUGGCCGUGGCCGUGGUCGAUCAUGGGGUCGAUACAACAAUAUGUAUGACCCAAACCCAAACCCAAACCCAAACCCAAUCUUACACCCAAAUCCUUUUGAUAUUGCAGAGAAAUUUAAUGAGUUAGAGGUUGUUGAUGACACUGGUGGUUUAGGAGGCAUCAAUUUUGAUGCCUAUGAGGAUAUACCUGUUGAGGCCAGUGGCUCAGACGUACCUCAGCCCGUGGAGUCGUUUGCAGAGAUUGAUUUGGGGAAGGGUUUGAACGAUAAUAUCAAGAGGUGUAAGUAUGUUAAGCCCACGCCAGUACAGCGCCACGCCAUACCCAUAGCCAUGGGCGGCCGGGACUUGAUGGCGUGUGCGCAGACGGGGUCGGGGAAGACGGCGGCAUUUUGUUUUCCGAUUAUAAGUGGGAUUCAAAGGAACCAUGCCAUGAAACCACUUUUGAGCCGUGGGGGGGUUGCUUAUCCACUUGCUCUUAUACUGUCCCCAACCAGGGAAUUGUCAAUCCAGAUUCAUGAUGAGGCAAAGAAGUUCUCUUAUCAGACUGGUGUCAAAGUUGUGGUUGCUUAUGGAGGGGCACCCAUAUUACAGCAGUUACGAAAUCUGGAAAUGGGUGUUGACAUCUUAGUUGCAACUCCAGGGCGUUUGGUGGAUAUGAUAGAGAGAUCAAGAGUGUCUCUUAGAAGGAUCAAGUACUUGGCUUUAGAUGAGGCUGAUCGAAUGUUGGAUAUGGGCUUUGAACCCCAGAUACGAAAGAUUGUUGAGCAAAUGGGGAUGCCACCACCAGGUGCAAGGCAGACAUUGCUUUUCAGUGCAACAUUUCCAGCCGAGAUACAAAGACUUGCAUCAGAUUUUCUUUCAAACUACAUAUUUCUAACUGUUGGAAGAGUUGGUUCUAGCACUGAUCUAAUCGUCCAAAAGGUUGAAUUUGUACCGGACAUGGACAAAAGAAAUCUUUUGAUGAAUCUUCUUCACGCCCAAAGGGAAAAUGGAACCCUCGGCAAGCAUGCACUGACACUAGUUUUUGUCGAGACAAAGAAAGGAGCAGACGCAUUAGAGCAUUGGUUAUCCAUGAAUGGAUUUCCUGCCACAGCAAUACAUGGUGACAAAGUGCAAAUGGAGAGAACAAGAGCACUGAAAAUGUUUAAAAGUGGAGUCACUCCAAUUCUGGUGGCGACGGAUGUUGCCGCACGAGGACUGGAUAUCCCACAUGUUGCACAUGUUAUCAAUUUUGACUUGCCAAGAGACGUAGACGACUAUGUUCACAGGAUAGGCCGGACAGGUCGUGCUGGUAAAUCUGGUCUGGCAACAGCAUUUUUCAGUGACAAAAACAUGCCCAUUGCAAAGGCACUUGCUGAACUCAUGGAGGAAGCUAAUCAAGAGGUUCCUCAGUGGCUUAUUCAAUAUGCUGAGACAACAUCCUAUGGUGGAGGUGGUCAAGCUCGUCGACACAAAGAAAACAAUUUUGGGAGUAAUGAUUUUCGAAGUGGUGCCCAGUUGAGGAAUGUGAAUGAUUACAAUUCUAGCCCAUAUGCUGACGCUGAACGUUAUGCUGUCACUUCCGAUGCUUACCCUGCCAGUGUUAGUGCUGAUUACUACAAUGCUGUUAGUGCUGAUUACUACAAUGCUGCUAAUGCUGAACCCUUCACUGCUACUGGCUGGGAUUAAACAUAGUUCUCUUCAAUUUAUUGCUUGAUCAAUUACUCUAGUGCAGUAUAGCAGUGCAGGUGGUAUAUAAUAGUUUUCUACCUAAAAAUUGGUUGCUGAAGACAAACUACAGGUUAGAAAAGAGAAGAAAAAAAAAAAAUUACAAUCCUCACAGUUGUUCCUUACACAAGUACUUGGAAAUAUUACCAGCCUUUUUUUGGGUCAGAUAAUUUAUUCCUGUCCAUUUUUUUGACUUGAUCAAAUGUCAUCGACUGUUGUUCUAACUGGAAGAUCCUUUUUGGAAGGAGUGAUGCAGAAAUAUGUAUUGUUGGCGAUUAACAGUUUGCUGAGGUUUUUGUGUUUGUAAGGAGGAUAAUGCUGAAUACUUUUUAAACUUAAGGUAUGAAUGAAUAUAUCUGCUAUGUUUUGUCUCA